UUACUACAGUAGCAGAAUUAUAAACUGAAGCAAUGGCAUCACCAGAAAACGACCCACAAAAUAACCCAGGAAACUGGGAAGAGCACAACUUUGCUGUCAACAACUCUGACACAACUGACCCUACUUCAACUGGACAACAACAACAACAACAACAACCAAGCGACAAUCAUGAUACCCAGCCUUAUGACGAUAGCUACACCAUACAAGACUCUAGGUUAAGUACAGAACUCCACAAGGGACUGGGAAAACUUUACAGCAGUGGUCUCCUCACGGACGUGGUUCUAAAAGUCGGUAAAGAGCGUUUUUCCUGCCAUCGCAACGUCCUGGCUUCUGUUAGCCCGUAUUUCUUCGCCAUGUUCACCAACGGAUUGGCGGAGAGCCACCAGCGAGAGGUCGAAAUCACGGGAAUCGACGCGGGAACCAUGAAGAAGAUUUUGUCAUACAUCUACACGACGGAGGUCGAAAUAACGGAAGAUAACGUCGAGAGGUUGCUCGUAGCGGCGAACAUGCUCCAACUGACAAUGCUGGUGGAAGACUGCGGGAACUUCAUGUUUGAAAGAGUGAGCAAUUCCAACUGUAUAGGGAUGUGGAUUUUUGGUGACACGCACAACUCUUCGAUGCUGAGAGACGGCGCUCGACAGUGGAUCAACUUCAACUUCGACACAGUGCGUAAAGAAGAGGAGUUUCUACACAUGGACCAGGAGAGAUUGAUGGACAUUAUCUUCUCAGACAUGUUGGAGGUGGAACGAGAAGAAAUCGUGUUUGAGGCUGCGAUGAGCUGGCUCAAGUAUGACGUCCCUCAGAGGAAACAGUAUACAGCAGAUGUCCUGAAGUACGUCCGGUUGGUUCUCCUGCCGCCUGACUACCUGUUUGACCGUGUGGAGAAGGAAGAACUGGUCAUGUCCAGUCCAGAGUGUGUCCAGUAUCUGGACAGGGUCAAACAGUUCCACAUCCUGAAGGACAGACGCAACAAGCUCAACCUUAACACCAUUCCUAGGCUCGGCAUGUUCAACACAGAUGCCAUCGUGUGUGUGGACCUAAAACCUCGCGAGAACACAGAAGGGGGAGACAACCAGCAUGUGGUGGACUGCUACAACCCCCUGGACAAGAAGUGGGCAUGCCUGCCCCCCCUGCCCAAAUCUGUCAUGUUUCCUGGGGUGGUCACAGCUGUCAUUAACACUCUCUACGUGGCUGGGGGGACAUUGAAGAAUGAGACGGUCUCCAACGAUCUCUACAGAUAUGACAUACUGAAGAAUGAGUGGGUGCAGGAGCCUUCCAUGUUACACCCUCGUACACAGUUUGGGCUGGUCGCCUCGUGUACACAUCUCUACGCUAUCGGCGGGGACAGCAACGGUACCAGUCUGUCUAGUGUCGAGGCGUACCACCUCGUCAAAAAGGAGUGGCAGGAGCUUUGUCCCUUGCCCAGGAAAAUGCGUUGUCACUCCACUGUGAUGUUUAACGGCGUCAUUUACGUGUUAGGUGGGGAGGUCGAAAAUGUCCUCAUGCAGCGUACGUUGUCGAACCGCGUGUACAAGUACUUGCCCAAUCUCGACCGCUGGUUCGAAGAUCUUCCCAUGCAGAUCCCUCGUGCCCUGGCCAUGGCAACGGUGCUAGACAACGCCAUUUACAUCAUGGGUGGGUUCGCAGAACUCACGCAGAAUUGGCUAAGCUUUUCCGACCCAGAACACGUCCUAAGCGCAACCGAAGUCUUCCGGCCGCAAGAAAACUAUUGGUCGUUCGGACCACACCUUCCGAAGGAAAUCUGCGCAGCAGGGAUCGUCACCUUGAAGAACAAGAUCUUCGUUCUUGGGGGGGAGGGGGAGGGUGACUUUUGGAACCAUAUCUUGAUGUACGAUCCGGAGCUUGCGUACUGGACGGUGUUGCCGGACGUUUUGCCCGAAUACGUCAGCAGUUUUGGGUGCGCGGUGGUGAAGUUCCACAACCUGGCCAUGAUCGAGGAAGUGAAGUGGUACAGAAGUGAGGAGAUGCCUUGGAUGUCUCAGAAUCAGAGGGUGGUGGGGCUGUGA